AUGUUUAGAACAACAGCAAUUCUCCUGCUGGCGGCGGCAAAUGCAUCUGCACAGACUGCCACCAUCACAAUCGAAGCCAGCCAUGGCGGAGCCGGCAAUGGCUUGACAAACACCACCAUCGAAGUACCGCUACACACGAGAUAUGCCAAUCCGGCUCUAGACACCGUGUCUACACUCUACCUAACCGGUGCCGAUGGCGUGCCACUGGACUCCAUAACCUGCACUCCAUAUCGCUACAACAAUCUCACUGGAGCUGGCGGCCUGCCCUUCAACAGCACGGCCCCAAGUUUUCUAUCGACAAACACCGUCCAAGUCGCUUCUCUCCUCUGCAACACCACCUCGGGUCCUUCGACCACUUCGUCCGCGCGCGUAACAAGCACAUUAUCUGCAACUUCCAGCCUCAGCACUACGACAAACGCCAGUGUUGUGCCCGUCACAACCACAGCUCGUAAUUUGACCUCGGUUUACCUGACAACGGUCUCGCCAACUCAGGCUGGUCCGUCGACUGUCACGAGUGUGUUUACGGGUAGCGAAGGUCCGACUACGAUGACUUUGACAUCUAUGGUGAACGGUGCUUCACCCACGAGCUCGGCUUCUCCAAGCCUAAACAGCGAGUCAGCGGCAGAUGGAAAUCGGGUGCAGAAAUGGCUGGCGCAGGGUAUGGCUGUGGUCGGUGCUGCUUUGGUUGCAGCUUUGAGAGAAAACACCAGCGCCACCAAGGUACGUAGUGUCUUGAUAUACGAGGCCCGAGUGGCCAUCCCGAAGCAAUCCAAGUGCCCAGUCUGCGAUGUCGAGAGCGAUCUGGAAGUCCCUUCAAGAAGUGAAAUCUCUCCAUCUGCCCAGCACAAUCAGCACUCACUCCAGUGGAACCAAAUUCAGAUUGAGAAAAAGGAUUCAAGGAAGGACACGCUGAAAAAUCCUCCCUCUGCUACCAUUUCCCCCGAAUCUUGGCAGCAGUUCGGCCUUCAACCUUGCGCAGCCCUACGGUCAGUCGGUCCAGCCCUCCGAUCCAUAUCAGAAUCCUUUCACGCAAAACAGUGGAUGCGCAAAGAGGCCAGGACUACGUUGGAUCGGACAAAUUCCGGCGCUCCUCCUCCACUCAAGCGAGUUAGGGCGGGUGUUAUCCAAAGCUCAGGUCUCGUACAGUACUCCGGUGGAUGA